AUGUUAGAUGAAGCAAACCGCAUGACUGAGUCGAUAUCGGCUAUACCUAUGUCCAAAUGUCCCAAAGCAUAUUUCCUCAUCGUCGACGAUAUUCGACAAUUCAGCCCUGUCAUUACGACUAUGCACCGCGAUGAUUGGAAGUCAUUCUUUGGUCCUCAGCGCCAGACAAGCCUAUUCAAGCGUAUGGAGUACUCAGGGGCAAUCCAGCAACGCCUUGAAUCUAACUACCGCGCUCGCCUUGACGCCGCUGAUUUUAUCCGUGAAAAGUUCUACGGUGGACAGAUGACUAUUGUAAAUAGCAUGCCACUCUUGCGACCAACACUAUCAAGGAUUACAUUGCUGACAAAACUGGGUCACACAAUCCAAAUGUCGUUACUGACGUUCCUGAGCUCAUUGAAGUUCGAGUCGGUACCAGUUUCACAAAUCCUGCAACUACUAAGCUUGCUGUCUGUCUAG